GUGAGGGGGAGAGAGAGAGAGAGAGAGAGAUGGCUAUAAUCUACUGAACUGAUUUCCAGCUCACUGGUGGGACUCAGUCUGAAAAACAAUGCAGUAUACCAAACCUCAUAGCUGCAUUCCACAAGCUACUAAUAAACUCUUCCUUUUUGGUGGUACUGGGAUUUGAACUUAGGGCUUCGUGCUUGCUAGGCACUCCACAGCUUGAGCCACGCCCCCAGGCACUAAAGAACCCUUAAAAAGCCAACAGACAGCAGAGACACUGACCAACUACAAGAAGGAGACACCCCAGAUAAGCAGUGUCCUGUCCAGCAGUGGCUACAAGGCACUGGUUUAAAUAUCUCCCACCCUGCCAGCAAUUCCCAAGUAACCCAAGGUGACUCUGUUUACGCUCUUGUAACCUCCUUAUAAAUUCAGUCCACUCAUUCUCCAGGGUGGCAAAGUUCACAUGCUGCCCACCCACUGCAGAAAGCAGUACUUUCUUUCUACCCACUCCAGGAACCCGAAAUUUAACAAGUUGUGUCUUUGUGAUCGUAUUUAUGUAGCGAUAUACAGAAAGAGUCCAUCUGUCUCCCCCUUUACAUCUUCCCAGUCUUAAUCACUGCUAGGUGGAGUCUCCGGUGAAAUGAGAAGCCAGGGAAACCCCUGGACCUGAGGAGCCUAUCAUCAGCAUGACAGAAGUGAAAGCAAGGACUCACUCCUCACCCCCCAGAAGCGUCUAGCAAACUCAUCUCCAGACCAAGUAGGAAAGAGGAGGAGCUGAUAAAACUGCAGGAGACGCACCAGAGCGACCGGCCGCAGCCCCCUCCCUCCAGGCCAACGCCACAUCCCUGGAAAGGCAGGAUCCCACCACCACCCAAAGAAAAAACCCGGACUUAGCUGCGCGUCCCCUCCUUUCAACCUCCUGCGGGACCCAGAGGUGCCCGGGCCCACGGGACCCAGCGGUGGCGCGCGCUGCCCCCAAACCCGAACCAUCCCUAGCCAAAUGAGGACCAUGCGGCAGUAGCAGCCAUGCUGCCCUUCCUGCUGGCCACACUGGGCACCACGGCCCUCAACAACAGCAACCCCAAGGACUACUGCUACAGCGCCCGUAUCCGCAGCACUGUCCUGCAGGGCCUGCCCUUUGGAGGCGUCCCCACCGUGCUGGCUCUCGACUUUAUGUGCUUCCUUGCACUGCUGUUCUUAUUCUCUAUCCUCCGGAAGGUGGCCUGGGACUAUGGGCGGCUUGCCUUGGUGACAGAUGCAGACAGGCUUCGACGGCAGGAGAGGGACCGAGUGGAACAGGAAUAUGUGGCCUCAGCUAUGCAUGGGGACAGUCAUGACCGGUAUGAGCGUCUCACCUCUGUCUCCAGCUCCGUUGACUUUGACCAAAGGGACAAUGGCUUCUGUUCCUGGCUGACAGCCAUCUUCAGGAUAAAGGACGAUGAGAUCCGGGACAAGUGUGGGGGCGAUGCAGUACACUACCUGUCCUUCCAGCGGCACAUCAUCGGGCUGCUGGUUGUCGUGGGCGUCCUCUCUGUAGGCAUUGUGCUGCCUGUCAACUUCUCAGGGGACCUGCUGGAGAACAACGCCUACAGCUUUGGGAGAACCACCAUUGCCAACUUGAAAUCAGGGAACAACCUGCUAUGGCUGCACACCUCCUUCGCCUUCCUGUACCUGCUGCUCACCGUCUAUAGCAUGAGGAGACACACCUCCAAGAUGCGCUACAAAGAGGAUGAUCUGGUGAAGCGGACCCUUUUCAUCAACGGAAUCUCCAAAUAUGCAGAGUCAGAAAAGAUCAAGAAGCACUUUGAGGAGGCCUACCCCAACUGCACAGUCCUCGAAGCCCGCCCCUGUUACAACGUGGCUCGCCUUAUGUUCCUUGAUGCUGAGAGGAAGAAGGCCGAGCGGGGAAAGCUCUACUUUACAAACCUGCAGAGCAAGGAAAAUGUCCCCACCAUGAUCAACCCCAAGCCCUGCGGCCACCUCUGCUGCUGCGUGGUGCGAGGCUGUGAGCAGGUGGAGGCCAUUGAGUACUAUACCAAGCUGGAGCAGAAGCUGAAAGAGGACUACAAGCGGGAGAAGGAGAAGGUGAACGAGAAGCCACUUGGCAUGGCAUUUGUCACCUUCCACAAUGAGACCAUCACAGCCAUCAUCCUGAAGGACUUCAACGUGUGCAAGUGCCAGGGCUGCGCCUGCCGUGGGGAGCCACGCGCCUCCUCCUGCAGUGAGGCCUUGCACAUCUCCAACUGGACGGUGUCCUAUGCCCCCGAUCCCCAGAACAUCUACUGGGAGCAUCUCUCCAUCCGAGGCUUCCUCUGGUGGCUGCGCUGCCUGGUCAUCAAUGUUGUGCUCUUCAUCCUGCUCUUCUUCCUCACUACCCCGGCCAUCAUCAUCACCACCAUGGACAAGUUCAACGUCACCAAGCCGGUGGAGUACCUCAACAACCCCAUCAUCACCCAGUUCUUCCCCACCCUGCUGCUGUGGUGCUUCUCGGCCCUGCUCCCCACCAUUGUCUACUAUUCUGCCUUCUUUGAAGCCCACUGGACACGGUCUGGGGAGAACAGGACCACCAUGCAUAAGUGCUACACCUUCCUCAUCUUCAUGGUGCUACUCCUGCCCUCACUGGGACUGAGCAGCCUGGACCUCUUCUUCCGCUGGCUCUUUGACAAGAAGUUCUUAGCGGAGGCAGCUAUUCGGUUUGAGUGUGUGUUCCUGCCAGACAACGGCGCCUUCUUUGUGAACUACGUCAUUGCCUCAGCCUUUAUCGGCAACGCCAUGGACCUGCUGCGCAUCCCGGGCCUCCUCAUGUACAUGAUCCGCCUCUGCUUGGCGCGCUCCGCCGCUGAAAGACGCAACGUGAAGCGGCAUCAGGCCUACGAGUUCCAGUUUGGCGCAGCCUACGCCUGGAUGAUGUGCGUCUUCACGGUGGUCAUGACCUACAGUAUCACCUGCCCCAUCAUCGUGCCCUUCGGGCUCAUGUACAUGCUGCUGAAGCACCUGGUGGACAGGUACAAUCUCUACUACGCCUACCUGCCGGCCAAGCUGGACAAGAAGAUCCACUCAGGCGCUGUGAACCAAGUGGUGGCUGCACCCAUCCUCUGCCUCUUCUGGCUGCUCUUCUUCUCCACCAUGCGCACGGGUUUCCUAGCCCCCACGUCCAUGUUCACAUUCGUCGUGCUGGUCAUCACCAUUGUCAUCUGUCUCUGCCACGUCUGCUUCGGACACUUCAAAUACCUCAGUGCCCACAACUACAAGAUCGAGCACACGGAAACAGAUGCCGUGGGUCCCAGAAGCAAUGGACGACCCCCCUCUGCUGCCGCUGUCCCCAAAUCUGCGAAAUACAUCGCUCAGGUGCUGCAGGACUCAGAAGUGGACGGAGAUGGGGAUGGGGCUCCUGGGAGCUCGGGGGAUGAGCCCCCAUCGUCCUCAUCCCAAGAUGAGGAACUGCUGAUGCCACCUGAUGGCCUCACGGACACAGACUUCCAGUCUUGCGAGGACAGUCUCAUAGAGAAUGAGAUUCACCAGUAAGGGGAGGGGGGGCCCUGGAGGCCCCACCCUGCCCCGCUCACCCCACCCCCACGGACACUAAACCGCUAAUAAUUUAUUAGAUCUAAAGCCCUUCCUUCCCAUCCCCUGCUUUCAUUAAGGUAUUUAAACCUGGGGAUUUCACCACUCUCCCCCACCAUGGAGGGAGGGAGGGAGCCCCCCAACCUCACUGAGGAGAGCCCCGAGCCGGCCCCGGGGCAAAGAGGGGUACGGAGGGAGCUCCCCCAGAUCAGCCCCUCUUCCAGUAGUGUUGCCAGGAAAAGGUUAAUGAGAGCCAAGAGGGGUGCCUGGUACCAUGGCUGGAGACCUGAGGGGGCAGGCGAAUCAAGAGCUGCCCCCCCAGUUCUUUCCUCCCCUCAGUUCCCACAGGGUCUGGCCCUCCAGGGACCUGGAGUUUCCUGCCCUCUGGGAUGCAUGAAAGGGGUGGGGUGCUGGAUGGGAGGAAGUCAGGCCCUAGCCAGGGGGGGUGACCUGGGGGGAGGGGGCAUGGCUGACACUGGAAAAUGGGUUUUUGCACUGGUUUUUUUUUUUUUUUUUUUUUCCUUUAAAAUAAAAACAGAAAAGCUCUGA